AUGAUGACUGGCUUCUGGUGGGCGGCUGUGUUUAUUGAAGUGUUGGGUAAGUUUCUGGCAUCCCUAUUUUCCAGGUAUGUCCCUGAUUUAGAGAAGCCAUCCUGGUUUCUGAUUUGAUCCUGGAAUGUCCCACCUUUUUAAUGUUUUCUGUUUUAUGGUGUUUUUAUACAUGUUGGAAGCUGCCCAGAAUGGCUGGGGCAAUCCAGUCAGAUGUGUAGGGUUUAAAUAAUAAAAUUAUCAUUAUGAAAUGGGAUGUCCCUAUUUUCAUCGGAGAAAGUUGGAGGGUAUGUUCCAGAGGGCGUGCUGGGGGUCUUCCUUAUGCUCAGUAAUGUUUCUGAACAUCAGCUGCUAGAAGCCACAGGUGGGGAGAGUGCUCUUGUGCUUGGAUCCUGCUUUUGGGGCUUCCCUUUGUGUGUCUGGUUUGGCCACUGUGAGAGCAGGAUGCUGUGCUUUAAUGGGCCAUUGGCCUCAUCCAGCAGGUGGACUCUCUUUACGUUCUCAGCUGUGAAUGAAAGUAAGGCUUCGUUACUGCCCAAAUACGUUCUGAGCAAGGUUAGAUUAAUAGAGAUGGCAUUAAGCAAUUUGGUGCACGCAGCCUGCUACAGUCCAGUUCUUUGGCUAUGCGUUUCCAGAUCAAGUUAUCCUGUACCAAUCCUGAGGUUCUCAUCCUGCUGUUUCUUAUGAAAUACAGUGGUAACUCGGGUUACAUACACUUAAGGUUACAUACGCUUCAGGUUACAGACUUCGCUAACCCAGAAAUAUUACCUUGGGUUAAGAACUUUGCUUCAGGAUGAGAACAGAAAUCAUGCAGCAGCAGCGGGAGGCCCCAUUAGCUAAAGUGAUGCUUCAGGUUAAGAACAGUUUCAGGUUAAGAACACACCUCUAGAACGAAUUAAGUUCUUAACCCGAGGUACCACCGUACUGUCUUUUGACAAACUUCUCUGUAAAAUAGAUAUGACCCGAAUGUGUUUACAGUCCAAGAGUAUGCAAUAGGUUGAGGGUCAAGUUCUUAAAAUUCCUGAUCAGGUAUUCUGUUCCUUUAUUCCUCAGCCAUCCCAGUUUUGGCCCAAGGAGAAGGCUUGGCUUCUCCAGCCACAGUGGGUUCUAACACUCCUCAAGUGACAACUGCAGAGCUGGGAUUCUUCAAUAGGGUAUUUCAUGGUGAGGUGACUUGUUUAAUGUACAGAAAGGGGAUGUGGGGCACUGAAAUUAAGGGACCAAACAUAGGCUCCAAUAUUUGCACGAUCCUGCCACUUUAAACAGGCCUGGCCUCCCCCAGAGAAUCAUGGGAACUGUAGUUUAAGCAUGCUGGAAAUUAUUAGAAGAGACUCCUAUUCCCCUCCCAGAAUUACAAUUCCCAGAGUUCCCUGUGAAGAGGGAUUGCUUGCCAAACCACUCUGGGAAGAAGAGGGUUAUCUGAAUAUGGAAACUGGAUAUCUUUACUAGAGAUGGAGAAGAAAUUAAAUUCAGGUCACGUUUAAAGGCAAAUUUAUCUGAUUUGAACUUUCCAAAGCACAGCCAUCUUUUGAAAUUCAGACUUUAGUGAAUUUUUCGAUGCAGUUUGCUAGCCAAGUAAUGCGAGUAAAACUGCAUAGGCUAGGGUAAAGGAAGCAUGGAAAUGUGCAUGUAUUAGUGAGACUAACGUUAAAAAAAAUGCAUCGCAUUAGGGGACCUUGCUUAAAAUUAUUAAACAAAAUUGCAUACAAAAAUGGGCAGGUUAGAAGAAGCUCACACUAAAAUGCUGGUAGAGUCUCAUGAUAACCUUUUGGGGGUUUUUAAUGUAAACUGUAGAAAUGUGGAGAGUGGAACUUGCAACUGGAAAAACUAAGAACUCGAGAGAAACCUAAAUGGACAGUUCCAUCCACUCCUAGUCACAAAUAUUUGAGGGAGCAUCAGGAUCAGUGCAGGAAUCCUGGCAACAAAGGCAUAUUGGCUUUAGUUUCAGGCUAAAAUUUGCGAUGGGAGAUGCCCAUGGGGAGUUAGCCCAGCUAAUGUCUCUUUCUCUCCCUCUCUAUCUCCAGCUGCAAAGGGUCUAGUGUGGAGCAGCGAUGCCGAUAUCACAGAGCCCACGGCAACCACUUUGCCAACGCUUCCUCGCUCCACGGCAGCCAGCGCAGAGCCUCGCGUCCAGCUUCUGCAAGCUGCUCAGGCCAGUGAUGCAAAGAUUAAUAUCUCUCUGAGAGUGUUGAAUGGUAAGAUCAUAGCUGUCAACCUUCCCUUUUUUUGCGGGAAAUUCCUUUAUUCCAGGGCUGUUUCCCGCUGCUAUCCCGGAUUGUUAGAUAUCCCGUAGACUGUCCCUCGGACAGGUGAGGCUGCUGAUCCCUUGUUUUCAAAUCUGAAAGUUGACAGAUAUGGGUAAGAUGACUCUCCCACUCACAAGAGUCAAUGGUUGCUUCCCUUAGCACCCUGAUUUUGGGGUUCAGUUGUGCCAUAGCAAAAGAUUGUCCUUCUUGGUAAAGUUAAAGGUAAAGGUAAAGGGACCCCUGACCAUUAGGUCCAGUCGUGGCUGACUCUGGGGUUGUGGCGCUCAUCUCACUUUAUUGGCCGAGGGAGCUGGCGUACAGCUUCCGGGUCAUGUGGCCACCAUGACUAAGCCGCUUCUGGUGAACCAGAGCAGUGCACGGAAACGCCGUUUACCUUCCCGCUGGAGCGGUACCUAUUUAUCUACUUGCACUUUGACAUGCUCGGUUCCUGCUCCUGCCAACCUAGCAGUUCGAAAGCAACAGGAGCUCACCCCGUCGCAGGGAUUCGAAUUGCCGACCUUCUGAUCAGCAAGUUCUAGGCUCUGUGGUUUAACCCACAGUGCCACCCGAAUCCCUUUUGUCCUUCUUGGUACCAGCAUCUUAAUGCUCAAAUGCAAGCAGGGCACUUGGAAGGCGGGAAACAUUGGUCUAAGCCAGUCUUUCCCUAAACUGGUGCCUUCCAGAGGUUACUGGACUACAGUUUCCAUCAGUCUCGGCUGGAAUGCAUAGAGAUUAGGACUAGUCCAUAAGUAACUGUGGAGGCCAAUUCUGGAUCCACACGUGGCUGAUACCAUUGUGGCUAGUAGCCAUUGAUAGGCUCUGCCAGUGGCAUAGCGUUGGUUGCUGGUGCCCGGGGGUUGCGUGCACAUGCAUGCCGGGAGGAGGAUGCACAUGUGCCGGGCAGGGGCGCCAGCCCACCCUCGCCACUGACGUUGCUGGAGUGACCCCAUCUCCACCAGAGUAAAGUGGGGAUGGGCUCAGCUGCCUGCCCACCUGUGCAAAGUUGGGCUUCCAGACUACAAUUCCCAUAAUCCCUGACCACUGGUCUUGCUAGCUAGGGAUGGUGGGAGUUGUAGUCCAAAACCAGCUAGAGACCCAAGUUUGGGAAACACUGGUCUAGAGAGCAGCAGAUUGAGGAAGGCAGGUGUAAGAUGCUAUCUGUGUGGCAGGAUGUAACAUCUGCAUGGGCUAGUCCGCACCGCACACAAUUUCCAACUUCUCUCCCAGGAAACCUCAGUGUUGCGGCUGAACCUGGGGAAUACGUUGAAGGUGCUUUGAUCCACCUUGAGGCCAGAGUCCAGGCGAGUCCAGGCCUGUCCCCCAAGCUCUUCGUUGACGAGUGCUACGGCACGGAUGCCCGACACCAUGGCCAUUUCAGGAGGGUCUACAUAUUCGCAGAUAAACACGGGUGAGUGGUGUGCUGUUCUGUUAACAGAUGGAGAGGGCCUUCUUGGUAGUGACACCCACCCUGUGGAACGCCCUUCCGUCAGAUGUCAAGGAGAUAAGUGGCUACACAACCUUUAGAAGACAUCUGAAGGCAGCCCUGUAUAGGAAAGUCUUUUAAUGUUUUAUUAUGGUUUUAUAUAUGUCAGAAGCUGCCCAGAGUGGCUGGAGCAACCCAGUCAGAUGGGCAGGGAAUAAUAAUAAGAAUAAUACAGUGGUACCUCAGGUUACAUACGCUUCAGGUUACAUACGCUUCAGGUUACAGACUCCCCUAACCCAGAAAUAGUGCUUCAGGUUAAGAACUUUGCUUCAGGAUGAGAACAGAAAUUGGGCUCCAGCGGCGCGGCAUCAGCAGGAGGCCCCAUUAGCUAAAAUGGUGCUUCAGGUUAAGAACAGUUUCAGGUUAAGUACAGACCUCCGGAAUGAAUUAAGUACUUAACCUGAAGUACCACUGUAGUAGGAGUAAUAAUAAUAAUAAUAAUAAUAAUAAUAAUACCAACAACAAAGGUGUUUCAAUGUGGGUGCCCUUCCACCCACCCUCACUAAAGCAAAAAUGGGGCAGUGUGUUAAAAUGAGUUCAUCAUUGAACAAAAAAACAAUAUUUUGACAGCGCAUUUGGCAGAUAUCGGAUCCAGCAACAUCAAAACUGGAUUGUGCUCAGUGUGGAAAAUUGGGUCAAAACUGAAAAAAGAUGCCCCCCGCCCCGCAAUACCUAAAAAAUGAUUCCGGCACUCAAAAUCACACUCUUCCCACUUUCAUGGUUAACUUGCCAGGUGCCUGUACGGUGACGGCCCCAAGGUCAGGUGGCUCCGUAGAGAAGACUCUGCGAUGCUGUUCACAAUACCUGCCUUCUUGCUAACUGGUGACUCGGAGGAGGUAGGAAUCUCUCUGGAGUAAUUAUCUGUGUUCUGGGAUGCCGUUGAUGUUCUGCUAAGAGAAUUCCUGGUUUUCUUGCGUAAUUUUCCUCCGGCUGCCAUCUCCAGGAUUCUUUGGGGAAGCCCUUCAUUCUUAAAUAUUGUUCAUAGAGCAAGUGUGAGUUGGUGCCUCUGCAGGGAUGCGCCGAUGCAGACUGAAUAAAGCACCCAAACACUUUCAUUAGGGACGCGGGUGGCGCUGUGGGUUAAACCACAGAGCCUAGGACUUGCCGAUCAGAAGGUCGGCAGUUCAAAUCCCUUCGACGGGGUGUGCUCCCGUUGCUCAGUCCCUGCUCCUGCCAUCCUAGCAGUUCGAAAGCACGUCAAAGUGCAAGUAGAUAAAUAGGUAGCGCUCCAGCGGGAAAGUAAACGGCGUUUCCAUGCGCUGCUCUGGUUUGCCAGAAGCGGCUUAGUCAUGCUGGCCACAUGACCCGGAAGCUGUACACCGGAUCCCUCGGCCUAUAAAGCGAGAUGAGCACCGCAACCCCAGAGUCGGUCAUGACUGGACCUAAGGGUCAGGGGUCCCUUUACCUUACACUUUCAUUGGCCAGCGUAGUUGUAGUGGUUCAUGUCAGACUAGGGCCCACUGGGUGACCUUGGGCCAUUUGCUAAGUCUCAGCCUAACCUACCUCACAGGGUUGUUGUGAACACAACAUGGGGAGGGGCGGGGAGAACCACGAAUAUCGCCUUGAGCUCCUGGGAAGUAAUUAGCAAAUAAAUAUUUGUGACAGUUUUGAAUCUGCUGCAAGAAAAUAACUUCCCUCCUUUUCCAGAUCUAUAUUCAUUGCCUCCUGUCAGCAUGGAGCAAAGAGACUCCCUCAAGCUUUGGCAAGAAAGCUUGUUACUUUGACAGCAUCUCCUCCAGGUCAGCUCUAAGCCCCUUUUAUUGCAAAUCCUUGCUUGACCUCCCCCCACCCCCAGGCUACAUUUAUUUAAAUACCUUGCAAGCAAAAGCAAGAAUAAAUUCGAUAUUAGUUAAAAUCUGUUGAUCACAUCCUUAAGCACUUAUUUUGUCUGACCAGAUGUUUUGAAGACAUGCUGUUUGGUUUCUUUGCCAUGGUGAAUUUGACACAAGAGACAAUCGGUUGUAAAUCCAAUUAGGUUUUUAAGACCCACUGAAAUUAAUGGACCUACGUAAAUUAAUCAUGGCCAUUAAUUUCAAUGUGUUUACUCUGAGCAGGACUAACAACUAGAUACAAAGGUGAAUUUCUUAUAUCUGCUUAACUUACUGCAUGAUGCACAAUUCCUGUGAAGUUGCAAUGUUUUAAAUGGUUGUACAGUGGUACCUUGGGUUACAGACGCUUCAGGUUACAGACUCCGCUAACCCAGAAAUAUUACCUCGGGUUAAGAACUUUGCUUCAGGAUGAGAACAGAAAUCAUGCAGCAGCGGCGCGGUGGCAGCGGGAGGCCCCAUUAGCUAAAGUGAUGCUUCAGGUUAAGAACAGUUUCAGGUUAAGAACGGACCUCUGGAACGAAUUACGUUCUUAACCCGAGGUACCACUGUACACUGCCUUGGUAAGUUUUGUGCAUUGAAACAGCUUCCCUUAACAGUUGCUGCCUAUUACUUGUAGUGAUUUUGUUCCCUUCUAGCUGGAAGAACAUAGACGAACCAUCCAAGAAUUAUGUCUGCAAGUGCUGCAACAGCUACUGCCCUUUGGAGCCCCCCACUCCUGGAAGCGAGAAAGGUACCCAUAAGCUAACCUUUGUGUCUAGUAAACCAAAUCAAUAAUUGCAACGCAAGUAGCCAGCUAAGAGGUGGGUGGUGAAUUUUUACCAUUCACACUGAUCUGUGGCAACUAGGAAUCUAGUUCAAAUCGCAUUUUAAUGUGAGCACCUUCCAGAAAAAAAUUCUUGAACUGAAACGCAGCUGCCCUUUGAAAUUUGCCCUUCUCCAAAUUUGGCAGUGAAGUUCUUCAACCAAUAAUAAAUUAUGAUAAUUGCAUAUGUUAAGGGAAGCCUUAAUUCUGCCUUGUGUUUCCCAAAGGUAUAUAUGGUUGGCUGCUGUGAGAGCAGGAGGCUGGACUGGGUUAGACCAUUGGCCUAAUCCAGCAGGCUCUUACGGGUUCUCAUUUCCACUACUACCAUUUUCCACUUUUUGGAUAGAUCAUAUAGAGCAGAGAAUUGUAGAGUUGGAAGGGACCCUGUGAAUCAUCUAGUCCAACCCCCUGCAAUGCAGGAAUAUGCAGCUGUCCCAUACAGGGAUCGAACCUGCAACCUUGGUGUUAUCAGCACAACACUCUAACCAGCUGAGCUAUCUAGGAUAAGGUAGCAAUACAGAAAUUAAUCCUGUGCUACAUUGCUGUAGCACCCUUGCUGUGCACAUGAGCCUUCCACAACUGAGUGCCAUUCUGAUGUGUUAGGACUGACCAUUGGUAAUGCUGGCUGCUGGAACUGGGAGGGGAGCCCCAACAUUUGAAGGACACUGGAGGCUGGUAUAUAAGCAAUUGUUGGGUUCCUGCAGGAAUCGUAACUUCCCUACUUCUAAAACUAUUUAUCCCAUCUUCCAAACAGCAUUUUGGGGUGAAGGAAAGCUCCACAGGAAAGUGGUUGGCCCUUUGAGAGUGCACAAGGAAGACGUGCCUUGGUUUGAAGGUUGGUUUUUGUGUUUCUCGUUUCUGAAUACCUUGGUCUCUUCUGGGGCAGGAAAUCAUGCGCAAGAGCUUCCAGGAGAGUCACUAAGAAUAGGCAACCCCCAAAGCAUUGGUUUAGCUGCUUAAAGGAAAAAAAUCUGCAUAUGCUAAGGGCUGCUUAAGUUUCAGAGGGUGGGUUGCUGGGUUUUUUUUUUACUGCAUUGCAUCUUUAUUAAAUUUGUAUACCACCGUAUACCUGGAGAUCUCAAGGUGGUUCACAACAUAAAAUCACAAUAUUAAAAAACAAAACAAAAUACAUAAUAAAAGGAAAAACAAAGGCAAAAAAACCAACAACCCCCCCCCCUUCCACAGCACAUUUGAAAGGGCAUCAGAUGUCAAUUGGCCAAAGGCCUGGUUGAAGAGGAACCUUUUUGCCUGGCGUCUAAAGGUGUAUAAUGAAGGCGCCAGCAGAAGCUCCCUGGGUGGGGGGAGGAUUCCACAAUCUGGGUUUUCACCGACAAUCUGAUCUGGGGGCCUGAAAUUGUGGUGGGCAAAAUCUGUGGGGAAGAUAGCUGCUAGCCACAAUAGCUGUGCUCUGCCUUCAAACUUUGGAGGCAGCAAUGCUUCUGAAUACAAAUUGCUGGAAGCCAGAGCGGAGAGGACUUUUGCACUCAAAUCCCGCUUGCAGGUUUUCUGCAGGCAUCUGGUUGGCCACUAUGAGAACAGGCUGUUGGACUAGAUGGGUCAUUGGCCUGAUCCAACAGGUGGUUAUUAUUAUUAGGAUUUGUUGUCUACAACAUCCGAGGCCCAUCAGAGCCAGUGUGGUGUAGUGAAUGCGGGUGGCGCUGUGGUCUAAACCACUGAGCCUCUUGGGCUUGCCAAUCAGAAGGUCGGCAGUUCAAAUCCCCGGAACGGGGUGAGCUCCCGUUGUUCUGUCCCAGCUUCUGCCAACCUAGCAGUGCAAGUAAAUAAAUAGGUACCGCUGCAGUGGGAAGGUAAAUGGUGUUUCUGUUGGGCCAGAAGCAGUUUAGUCAUGCUGGCCACAUGACCCAGAAAGCUGUCUGUGGACAAAUGCCGGCUCCCUUGGCCUGAAGCGAGAUGAGUGCCGCAACCCCAUAGUUGCCUUUCACUGGACUUAACCAUCCAGGGGUGCUAUACCUUAGUGGAGCAGAUUUAGGAUCUGGGGGACUGGAGUUCAAAUUCUGUCUUGGUCAGGAAAACUCACUGGGUGAUUGUUGGCCCAAAUAUUGAGUCUCUGCAUAAUCUGUCUCUUAAGUAUUUGAGGAGGGGUGUUUGGAAAUGAGGAGCAGGGAGGGCCACGUAUGCCAGUUGGAGGGGUCUCUGCAGGGAAGGUGGGAUAUAAAUGUAAUGAGAGGAUACUCUAUCUAUGGCAGGUGUGAGGAACCUGUGGCCCUUCAGAUGUUUACUGAUCUACAACUCCCAUCACCCCGACCAUUGGCCAUACUUGCUAGGGCUGAUGGAAGUUGUAGUUCAGCAACAGCCAGAGGGCCUGAAGGUUCCCCUACAACUGAAUGAGGGCAUCUCACUUAGGCAAAAUGUUUCCCUAAAUGUCUCUUUCCUUCCAGGACGAUGCCACACCAUGAAGACGUUCCUCUUGGUGAGCAUCUCCUUUGGGGGCAGCUGUGUGCUGGCGGCCCUCUUCAGCGGGGCUACGAUAGCGCUAGGCCUAGCCGUCCUCCGCUACUCCCGCACCAGCAAAGGCCACAAACCCCUGAAGAACCGCAAGGAGCAGCAAUUCCAGACGGAGCUCCAGCUGGUUCUUGGGGACCUGACUGUCGACGAAGAGGUGGAGAAGGAAUCCAACAUUGACUACUGCAAGAUCAAGAGUGACACGCCAGAGAAGGCCUAA